AUGGACAGGCUCCAAACAGAGUAUGACGCGCUCCAGCAAAAGCUGGCGCUCCUGAAGCGCGACUCGCUGCGCGGCGGCGUUUCAGCAGCAGCCGCACCGGCGCCACCGGCCGCAGCCGCCGCCGCGGCCGGCCCGCCCGCACGGCUGGCAUGCGGCGGCACGGACGAGGCGCAGCCGCACGGCGCCGCAGAGGCCAAGGCUACGAGCGUGAGCGAGGGCGGCGCACAGGCGCAGCAAUCGGAUGCGGCAGCGGCGCUGGCGGCAAUCCGCUUCGGCGGCAGGCACGACGGGAGCGCGCUGUGCGCGGCGGCGGCGGAGGCGUUUGAUGCUGACGAGGAUUUUGUGAGGAUGUGCGAGCAGGCGGUGGGCGCGCAGCUCAGGAAGACCAGGGAGGGGGCCACGUCGCAGUCGCGGAUGCUGGAGCUGGCUGGCAUGGUGAAGCUGCUGCGGCGCUGCCUGCGCGAGGCGCUGACCAAGACGUCGCAGCUGGUGGAGGAGGGCGUGCGGCUGGAGAGGGAGGUGCUGGACGCGCAGGCAUCCGACGCGCGCGUCAGCGGCCCGGCCCAGCGGCGCCUCGAGGCCGAUGCGGCGGUGGCGCGCAAGGAGGCGGCGCAAUCAGAGGCCCGCUAUAAAACGGAGCGGGCCCAGUGGAUGGCGGAGGUCGACAUGGGCAAAAUGGAGGUGGCGCGGCUGAACCGCGAGGUGGAGGCGCUGGAGGAGCAGCGCGCGCGCGCGAGGGACGACGCCCAGCGCGCUGACGAGGCGCGCAUCCAGCUGCAGGCGGAGGUCAAGGAGCUGCGGAAGUCGGGGGAUCAACGCGUGAGGGACGUCCAGAUGACUCAGGGCGAGGCGACGCGCGCGCUGCAGGAGGAGCGCGCAGCGUUUGAGAAGGCGCAGGAGGAGCUGCGGGAGCGCGUGCGGGCGCUGUCUGAAGACCUGUCCGCGUCCCAGAAGCAGGCCGCCGGCCUGCAGGGCCAGCUGGCCGUGCUGCAGGCGUCUCAGAACAGCCUGCAGGCCAGCCUGGAGGGCAAGCAGACCGCCGAGGCCGCCCUGGGGGUGCAGCUGGCCCAGGCCCAGGGCCGGGUGGCCGAGCUGCGCUCUCAGCUGGGCGCGACACAGGGGGAUCGCGCCGCGCUGCAGCACGAGCUCAGGGCCGCGCGCGACCAGGUGAUGCUGCUCGAGGGCGACGUGCGCCUGAAGGGCACCCGCCUGGAAGCUGCCGAGCAGUCGCUCGCCGCGGACAGGGCGCGCCACGCCGAGGAGGCCGGCAGCCUGCAGGAGCAGCUGCGGUCCGAGCAGUCCGGCCGCGCCGCCGCGCAGUCCGACGCGCUCGCCGCGCGCGCCGAGGCCGGGGAGGCAGCGGCCGCGCGGGGCGCGGCGAAAGCGGCGCUGCGGCAGCUGCAGCAGCAGCACGCCGCGCUGCAGGCGGAGCACGCAAAUCUCAAGCACCAGGCGCGCGCGGCCGAGGACGAAGGGGCCGCGGCGCGCGAGGCGAACGAGGCGCUGCAGGCGCGGGCGGCGGCGGCAGAGGAGGGGCGCGCCAAGUCGGAGGCGGCGGCGGAGGCAGCGGCCAGCCGGCUGGCGCACCUGGAAGGCGAGCUUGCUGCCCUGCAGGAGGUGAUGGGCGAGGGGAAGCAGCGGGACAUCGUCGGCCGCCUGCUGUCGCGGGUCGGCGCGCUGCAGUGCGCCGUCACCACCGCCGAGGCGACGCGGCGGCAGCUGCACAACCAAUUGGUGGAGCUGCGCGGCAACAUCCGUGUGUUCUGCCGCGUGCGGCCGCACCCCCAGAGCGCCGUGCGCUGCCUGCAGGGCGGCACCGCGCUGUCCUUGGCCGUCGACGGCAAGGAGCACCCCUUUGGCUUCGACAGGGUUUUCGGGCCGCAGGCCACGCAGGCGCAGGUCUUUGGCGAGGUGUCUGAGCUGGUGCAGAGCGCGCUGGACGGCUACCACGUCUGCCUCUUCAGCUACGGCCAGACCGGCGCCGGCAAGACGUACACCAUGCAGGCGAGGCGGCGAGCCACACCUGAUUAG